GUAAAGCAUUUCUCUCUCUUUGCCUCCUUUCGCUCUUACGGAAGAGAAGACAAUCGUAAAAUGCCGAGUUGAUGGCUGCCAGGAAUUCCGAGGAGAGUUGCUAAACAUCUCAGGUUUGACCAGAAUACGUUCGGUUGAACAUUAUAAGAAAAAAACAGGAUUAAUGUACCAAAGGCGGCCGGAGAAACGAAACCAUUCCUGGACUUGAGGUUGAAGAUUACCAGCAAUCCUGAAUGCCCAGGCUGAUCAGUUUGGAGGGGAAGGUUCACAAGAUUGGCCAAAUAAUCAACAGUCACGAUAAGUGUUAUAUCAGCCAGACGACAAAAGCAUGUUUUAGCAGCUCUCCUGUGGAUACUACAAAUCCAGAUGGCCGAAAAGACAAGCAUGUGUCAUAUGUAAAACAUCCCUGUAUAUCGCUGAGUUAACAGCAGAAUGCUUUACCGCCAUGAUCGAACGAGGCCUUUUUCUUGUUUCUGAACGAUGAUCUGAGAUACCUGAUCGGGAUUUACCGUCUUCAUGGGAAACUCGUGCGGAUGUGCUCGAACAGAGCGGAAGACGAAGGAAGGCAGAUCACCUAAGAUACGGAAGAAGAGCAAGGCUCACAGCGCCGGUGUCCAGGAAGGGGAUGUGGUGGUCAGUGUCAAUGGGAAGUCGGUUGAGGGUCAGUCCCACAUGGCCACGAUGGACAUGGUCGACAACUCCGGGGAAUCUCUCGUGCUGGGCAUUAAGAGGGGAGGACAAGCCCAGUCAUCUAAAGGCGAGAGUGAACAAGCCCCACCUGUCACCAUUACUCCUCAGCCAGCGGGAGGACCUACUUCCGGAAGUGAAUCCGUAACCGUUAACACAGCAACAGUUUCCGUACAACAAAAUGGCGAAGGCCACACUGGAACAUACAGUGAAACGUUGCUUGGACGUGAAGCUAAGCAUGUGAAAGAAGAGCGAAAGGUCGAAGAGGUGCGCAUAGAAGAGCAGAAGACAAACUCAGACGAGGGCAGAACAAUACCAAUUAAAGUUGUACCUGUAGCUACCUUGCCCGAAUCUACCAUCGCGAUAUCUUCUGCCCCCGCACCAGUUGUUCCUACCUCAACAAACCAUGUUCCCACAACCGGCGCUUCACUGAUAGAUGACGCCUUGUCAAAGCUGGAGACAUUUCCGAAAGUCACCGACGCAUUUACUACAUGCAGUGAAAGCUUCGAGCAAGCCAGCAUUGCAAACCAACAGGUGACGUCAAAUUUCCCAACAGAAACGGUCACAGCAGAACUUAAGGAGGAUUUCAAAGAGAACAUUGCACCUGUACAAUUUAACACUUACUCUAGUGCUCCACCUGCGGUGCCGUCCUUUAACGUGAAACAGCUUGAUGUUAACAAAUCGGUAUGGCAACCCGCAAGUUCUUCCCUCGGAGCAAGACCCCAACAGUCCCGAGGACCCUCUUUUAUGGAAAUGCAGAGGAGCAAAUUUCAAAAACCAGCUCCUCCACCUCCCAAACCAAAACCGAAACCAAGCAGAGCGAGAGGGCCGGUCGGAUCUCCUCAGCCAUUUCAGCCACUUCAACCCGUUCAUCAUUCGCAAAACGUUCAACAAUCUCCGAACUUUCUGCAACCAGAUGUGAGUCCCAAGCACCACCGUAAAGCGCCUCCUGUGUUUGGGCCUCCUGUAACCAUAAGCAUCGGUAACCAAGGCGAAAUGGGUGACAGCGACAUGUCUUCACCGGAUUCAAGCAUAAUUCGAAAAAAAAAGCUUUUCUCCGACUCGGCAUUUUACGAUGAUCCCAAUGCUGUCUACCCAACAAUCGAUGAGCAAAUGAAAUUAUGCAAAAGCAUUGCUCUGUCUCUUACUUCUGAUGCUAAUAAGCGGGCCCGAGGUGCUAGGAUGUUUGCAAAGAGACAAAAACGCGCUCCCAAGUGGAUUCAUGAGGGUCAUAUGGACAUGUCCUCUUCCGGAGGAGAUGUGGGUAAUAUUGAUGAUCUUGACAGUGAACUGUCCUGUGACGAAGGCGGCACCAAGCCUUUGUUCACCUUUAAGAUCCCAAAGGUGGCUACCCAGAAAAAUGAGCCCGGUAAGAUGAGUUUGACCCAGGAUGAAUUUGAAAGACUUCGAUUAGAUAAACACAGAUGCGAGCAUAAAACUGUGUCCCCAAACACGUGCUUUAACCUUGUUGCGGACCUUACGUCAGCCAAAGGAAGAGGUGCGAAAAUAUUUGAAAAACGGCGGGCAAAAGCGGAAGAAUGGGUUGUUGAUGACAGCCAUAUUCCGAAGACCGUAAAGCCGUCACCCGUGAGCCCUGGUGGAAGAUUAGCCGACAUGCUCAAUAGUCCGCCUAAACCAGCCAAAUCUCCAUGGGAGGCUGCGUUAGAAAACCCUUACGGGAGUGUGGAUGCUGCCUUCCAGCAUUUAAGUGAAUACGAGAGGAUGCAAUUAAUGAACAGAAAUCCUCCCAUGCCUGCUAUGGAACCGGUUCCUGUGCCCAUGCACAGUAAGCUUCCACCAGGUGAGGCGGCAGCUUUACUACAGGGUCCGAAUUUCAACAGGACCGCCAAGGGUUGGAUGAAACCCACUGGUGAUGGCACGCCAUUGGAGGACCUGGGAAUUGACUAUUCCCGACUCAUAAAAAAUCCACCAACAUCAGGAGCACAGCCUGGUGGUCGCCAGCAGAUGCAGUACAGGGAUUACAACCCUAAACCCAAGGCGUGGAAAGCACAGGAAUCCGCCCCUCAACAUCGUUCCCAACAACAACAAUAUUCCCACAACACCUCGUCAUCUAUGUCAUAUGGUAACCAUGGCGGGAGAUGGCCCGCGACGCAGGCAUCGAACUCUUACUCAGGCUUCAGCCAACAGUCGUACGGCAUGGGACAGCCCCAGUAUGGCUACCAUCCCCAACAACAGCAGCAGCAGCAGCAACAUCAUAUGUAUGGCACUGACCUCUGAUUUACUUAAUAUACCCUUGUGUUUGUCUUCGUCGGAAACUCUUUCGACAGUGGAUGGACUUGGUUUGAAAAAAGUUUGGUAGGCCCUAUGACCCCAUGUCGAAAUUCAGUCUGCAGUUAAUUUGAUAUGUAUUCUAAGGUGCUAGGCCUACAUUUUAAAAAAUGAAUUCGGUUUUUUUUGUCAUGUUUACAGUCCCGGGGUCUCGUGUGGAUGAAGGAUUACCUAAAGGUAUUCCUGUCGCAACACACCAAUUGUUAGUAACCGUUGAAGGCCUAUAUAUACUUUUUGAGUUUUGUGUUUUGUGAUAUCCCAGUCCGGUGUCACACGUUUCUUUCGCUCACACAGUCAUACCAUAAAGAUCCAAGUCCCUUGCAUUUUCAAUGAUUAAUUUAUCAUGGGUUGUAUAUGCAUGAUAGAAUUUAAAAGAUGUGAUUUCGUAUAAAUGUCUGUGCCUAUUCGAAUUUAUCUUUAUUAAUAUCUACAUCCAUUCAUUGAUAACGAUCGAAUUUGGAGAUGACUGUGGCAAAAUGCAGCAAGUGUGAUAACUUAACCUAGCUUAUAAAUAUGCUGCUAGUUGCUGCCGUUUCCAUAACAACGGAUUCUGAGCAGAUGGCAUGGCGGGUUUACAUGUAAACGUGUUGUCGGGAGAAGAUACAGAGAAGCCCUUGGGAUGUGGGUAGUGGCUGCUGUUAGAGGUGAAGAAGACUAGCUGGGACUGGGAACCAUAUUAGGCAGGAGGUCUGUGGGAACGCUUCGCCCUCAGUGUCAGCCUUGGUGUAUCGGAUUACGAGGCGGUACAGUAUCGACAUGCCUAGGUCUGGACUACUACAAGGAUACCUGCUCCGAGCUGUAUUUUAUAGGCCUACUCUGUACAGAAUAUCUGUAAUGGUUUGAACUUCCGACAGUUUUAACUCACACGAGAACUGUGAUAUUGGUCAAGCAAUAGUAUUAUGCAAACGACACAUAAUGGUCAAAUGAUGGUCUGUACAUUGGUAUGUUUAACUAUGUGUAUUUAAGUAACCAAGGUUUAAGUGAGCUUUAUAAAAUUACAUGUUCAAUUGAGAAAAAAGUUCUGGUAUCGAUUAACAAAAGAUAAAACUGCACAUUACACCGCUCCUUACUUUCAUCCGUCCCACAGUAAAGCGUCUUUAAAAAUCAAAUAAAAGCACAGUGUUCAAGUUCUCCAACGAAAGAUUCGACUUGCUUCUCUCUUAAUCAAGUUAGAUACGUUUUCAUGUGGUUUAGUGAAGGCAUUUCUUAGAAUGGGAAUGUAAAAAAAAAUGUUAACACAGAAAACGCAUCUUACACUGAGGAGAAGCCUUCUAGCACUCUCUAGAGGAUGCUCUGACUUUCGUUUUUUCGGUAAGGCGCACAAAAAACCUUGCAAUCAAACGUUUGCCAAAUUUGAUUUUGCUAUAAUAAAUAUGAAUAUUUUUUCAUUAAAUAGAGUUGUCCCAAGUGCUACCACUGUUAACCUUUUAAGGAAGCGGGGAAAAAACACGUAAAAGCAUACAUCUUAAAAAACUUUUCAUUCUGUAAGAUUGCUGUUGUUUGUGUCGUAGGUGGUAAUUUAGAUAAUAUGACUUUAAUCACAAUACAUCAGGGAUUUGAUGUGAAUGUAUAUAAUUACGUACUGAGAAACAUUCAUAGCAAGUUUUUUUACUUUGUAUGGUUUAUAAUUUGACAGUCAUCUUGAAUUUGUUAAAAUAAAUCAAACUGUGUUUAAAGGAUUGUUAUUUGGUGCUACAACGUAUUGAUUAUUGGGAGUUGGUGACAAGUGCGCAUAAAACUUGUCAGCGAACUGAUCCAAUGAAUAGUUCCAAGUUGUUCAUCUCUUUUUUAAACAUACAUGAUCGGAAAUGGCCAUGAUGUGAUGUUUGAAUACUAACACGUUUAUAGUUUCCUUUCGUUUUACUUUUUAACAAUUUCCUAAAACGAGUGCGUGGUACAGAAAUUGUGCACGAGUGCUGUAUAUAUCUGUUUAAAGAGCAUAUGCUGUGGUUAACACGGCAGGAUGCAAAUGCGUUAUGGUCGAAAUGAAAUGAAAAUAUUAAGUCAGUGAACUGAGCGUGUGAAACUGUGGAACUUUAGAGAUGAAAAUAAAUACAUGAAGUUAACAAGAA